AUUGCCUCAUGACGAAUCAGAGACCUCUUCACCAGGGGUCAAGUGAGGAGCCUGGACUGGCUUAUAAACCCUCCUGGGUCCGGUGUACCUCACUGGUGCCGGCUCCUCCUUGCUGUAGCUCCAUAUUCCUGAGUGCUGAGGGGCUGACGUGAGGCCAGGUGAUGUCUAAGCUGGAAGAGCACUUGGAGGGCAUCGUCAACAUCUUCCACCAGUACUCAAUCAAGACGGGGAACUAUGACACUCUCUCCAAGGGCGAGAUGAAGCAGCUGAUGAUGAGGGAACUCCCCAACACCAUCAAGAAUAUCAGUGAUAGAGGUGGCAUUGACAAAAUAUUUGAAGGUCUGGACGCCAAUAGAGACCAGCAAAUCGACUUUGUUGAAUUCGUGACCCUGCUGGCCUCUGCUCUGCAGCUUACCCACGAGAACAUCCACAAGCCUUAGGAAGCUCUCUGCCCACCUUUCUCCCAGCAGCGCCUUUAAUUCCCUCCCUCAAGCCCAGCCUUACCUGAGGGGAGGGAAACAAUAAAACAUACUCAGGAGAAGCUCUGA